CUGCCAACAGUUCUGGUGGUGGGCGUAUUGUCCCAGUAUCCCGAGCAGCCACAUGGAUGUUCUCAAGGCAGCUGCUAUCCGGCCACCGGGGACCUGCUUGUUGGCCGCGCUGACAAACUCAAGGCCACGUCAACCUGCGGGCUCCAGAGAGCGCAACCCUAUUGUAUCGUGAGUCAUCUUCAGGACGAGAAAAAGUGUUUUGUGUGUGACUCCAGAAGGCCUUAUAACCGACUCACCAACCCCAUCAGUCACCGUAUUGAAAAUGUCAUUACCACGUUCGCAGAAGAUCGUAAGAAAGCCUGGUGGCAGUCGGAGAACGGAGUCUCUGAUGUGAGCAUUCAACUGGACCUGGAGGCUGAAUUUCACUUCACUCACCUGAUCAUGACCUUCAAGACGUUCAGACCGGCAGCCAUGUUGGUUGAGCGCUCGGCAGACUUCGGUCGAAAUUGGCAGGUUUACAGGUACUUUGCUUAUGACUGCGCGGCCGUCUUCUCUAAUAUUUCCCGAAACGCCCAGAGGAAAGUGGACGACGUCAUCUGUGAAUCCCGCUACUCUGAAAUUGAGCCGUCCACAGAAGGAGAGGUGAUAUACAGAGUGCUGGAUCCAGCAAUCCCAAUCAGAGACCCUUACAGUCCCCGGAUCCAAAAUCUUCUCAAAAUUACCAACCUGAGGAUUAAUUUCACCAGACUGCACACGUUGGGCGAUAACCUGCUGGAUUCCCGCCAGGAGAUCAAAGAGAAGUAUUACUAUGCUCUCUAUGAGCUGGUGGUCAGAGGAAACUGCUUCUGUUAUGGACAUGCCUCUGAGUGCGCUCCGAUCCAAGGAGUCUCCAGGGAUGAUGAAGGCAUGGUUCACGGCAGAUGUGUGUGCAAACACAACACCAAGGGACUGAACUGUGAGCAGUGUGACAGUUUCUUCAAUGACCUUCCCUGGAGACCAGCUGAAGGACGCAGCACAAAUGCUUGUAAAAAGUGCAAUUGCAACAACCAUUCUAGAAAGUGUCACUUCGACAUGGCGGUCUACCUUUCCUCCAGGAACUCGAGCGGAGGGGUUUGUGACGACUGUCAGCACAACACAAUGGGGCGCAACUGUGAGCUCUGCAAGCCUUUCUACUACAAAGACCCCACCAAGGACAUCCGGGAUAGCAACAUGUGUAAAGGUACAGGACUCGGGGCUGUGGGGUGA